AUGUGCCUACUUGCUGUAUCGUUCGCCACAGUUAUUUUGCUGUUGGCACACAAAACAACUGCGGAUAUUCCCGACUGCGACUUCUACGACACCGUAGAUAUCUCAAAUGGUCAAAAGUUUCCGAACGGUUCAUACCUACACGAUGGCUUACUCAUUCCAGCCAAUUUGGUGGGUGAAUAUAGCUUCAGGACUUUGCCUGAUGGCUCGAAGGAGGCAGUGUCGAGCCACGUGAGAGGAUGUGUCUGCAAACUGAAGCCCUGCAUCAGAUUUUGCUGCUCUCACUAUCACAAAAUAGAUGACAGCGUGUGCAGUGAUGAAAUGUCGAAGGACGAACUGAAAAGUCACAAUCCCUACAUGAACGUGACCCUCAACGACGGAACGGUGGCAAAAAGACACUUUAGGGAGGAUCUAAUUGUGCAAUCGGAUCUGCCCAUGCCCUGUGGGGAGGAUAAGAUGAGCUGGAUAGAUCAUAGACUGCCCGGCAACGGCUUCAAACUAUUUGAGAAUGGAACCUUUUUCCGACAAUGGGACGAGGCUUUCUUGGACAAACGGGAAUAUUGCGUGCAGCACUUUGACUUCGAAGCUAAUGGUAUUCGAAUGGCUCCCCACUUUUGUCAUCUUUACUCUGAAGCCUCGCCAUUGGCACAGAGCAUCGUGACUUUAAUAUCAAUGACAUUUUUGGUUCUUACAAUGAGUGUGUACCUGUACGUCAAGAGGCUUCAGAAUUUGCAUGGCAAGUGCUUCAUGUGCUACAUGGUCGCCCUUUUCAUGGGUUACCUAAUACUGCUCCUCAACUUGUUUAACGUGUGGAAAUUCCCCUCGAUUUCCUGCACUACAUCAGGAUUCCUGGGCUACUUUUUCGUUAUGGCCGCGUUCUUUUGGCUUUCUGUCAUAAGUUUUCAUCUGUGGACCACUUUAGCCCUUCCCCCUGACUCGUUGCAACGCUUUUUGCCAAAGCAUCGGUUUCUCGGCUACAAUGUCUACGCUUGGGGCAUGGCUCUAGCCAUGACAUGUUUCACCAUCCUAGCUGACCAAGUCAUUGAGGAGGAUUGGGCACCUCGGAUGGGCACCAACCAAUGUUGGAUCUACACUGGAGAUAAUGCUGCCUUGAUAUACUUCUUUGGACCGAUGAUACUGCUGAUUGCAUUCAACAUAACCAUGUUUGUCCUGACGGCUCGCAGUAUAAUGGGAGUUAAGAAGAAUGUCAAGAAUGCCAAUAAGAACAACUCGGAGAAACAAAUUUAUACCGUUUAUUUGCGGCUUUUUAUCAUCAUGGGAUUACCCUGGACCUUGGAGAUUAUAUCAUUUCUUUUGCAAAAGUACAAGUUUUCGGCUAAGAUUUCAAUGGCGGGUAACUACUUAAACUGGUCUAUGGGUACCAUCAUAUUCGUGCUGUUUAUUUUAAAGCCAAGCACUUUGAAACUCUUAAGGAAGCAGUAA